AGAUUUUUCUCCGUUGGAGAAUUGGUGAUGCGUUUGGUAGGUUUCGGGUGAAGAUUAUCACUUUUGAAUCAUAUAAAAGCUAAUGGAACUGGACCAGGACAGGUUAGUUUGAAUUGUUUUUCGGUUGAGCUAGAAAGAGGCUCCGGGUGUUCUGAUUUAUAGCUGUGGAGUAGAAUCAUGAUUAAGCUGAUCGCCGCAUCACUGUUGGUCGCCACUGUGCUGGCCGCCCCGCAACGUCGCCCCAACAACAACUUUGGCCGGAGCACGAACGGCGGAGACGCACGGUCCGCUGUAGUCCUCCAGGACGAGUACACCCUCAACCCGGAUGGAUCGUACGUGUACAAGUAUGAAACGAGCAACGGAAUUAGCGCCUCCCAAACUGGCAGCGAAAGCGGGCUCUACGCCAACGGUUACUACAGCUACAUGGAUCCAGACCAGAACCGAGUGGAGGUGACUUACCUGGCUGAUGAGUUUGGCUUCCAGCCACAGGGAGCGCAUCUUCCGGUCGAACCCCCGGCACCGGAUCACGUCUUGAAGGCACUCGAAGAGAUUCGGGCAGCGGCUGGGCCCGAUUCAGAGCUGGAUAUUGGUCUACUGGAUUCAACGAUCGAACGGUUGAGGGCUAACCGAGGCUAGGGG